ACUGUUAGCAGUCAAACUAAGUCUUCUUCUGAACAUUCCACCGGCAAUGUCCGAGUUUCUGAGCGAUCCUUUGGAACCUUCAGUCGCACAAUUGCCGUCCCUGAAGCUAUCACUCAUGAUCAAAUCAAAGCGAGCUUUACUGAUGGUGUCUUAGAAGUC